AUGCCCCGGUUACGAUUACCAGCCCCAGUUGCCCCACAUUUUGUGGGGCUGCUGCUGUUGGCGGUGCUUGGUGGCGCCAGCGCCCAGGGCAGCUUUGAGGAUGCGGACAAGGCGAAUGAGUAUACGGAUCAGCAGUACGAUCUGCGUCACACGAUACCCGGCGAGCCCGGCGUCGACUAUCCCAUACUGAGCGAGGUGCCCAAGACGGGCUUUGUGUGCAAGGGUCGCCACGAAGGCUACUAUGCGGAUGUGGAGAGUCGCUGUCAGGCGUUUCGCAUUUGCGCACAUACCGCACGCUCCGCACAGGGCUUCGGUUUCCUCUGUCCGAAUGGCACCGUCUUUAGCCAGCAGAAGUUCGUCUGCGAUUGGUAUCGCAAUGUGGACUGCGAUCAAUCGGAGCGCUACUAUCACAUGAAUCGCGAGAGCAGCGUGGGCAGCACACAGGAAAUGAUGGAACGUGUGCGCCAAAUGAUGGAGUAUCCCACCAAGACCAUAUCGAAGGCGUUGCAGGAGCAGGAGCAGGGGCAGGGCCAAGGCCAGGCUCAGUCUCAGUCUCAACGCGAGCACCAGGCACACACACAUCAAACGCUGAGCAAGGAUCUGAGCAAUCUUAGUGGUGUCUUGUCGCAACCCGCCGCAGUUGGCAAUGGCAAUGGCAAUCAUGUACUGCGUGGCGAGGACAUCAAAAGCGAAGCUUUGCCGGCGCCAGCAACAGCAGCAACGGUAGUUGAUGGCGAUGGCGAGGACAUCUAUGUGAACAGCCUGGGCGAGCUGUCCUCCGAUCCGGGCAUAGAGUUCGACCACACAAAUGCGCACAUCAUUGCCGAAUAUCCACGUGAGUAUCACUACCAGAAGCAGAAGAACUUUGCGGAGCGCGUCAAUGCGGGCCUCGAGCUGCUGAGCGAGACCUCAGCCGCAUCCAAUGAGCAAAUGGCGCCCGAUUACAUCAAGCAAACGCGCAAUACCAAUGAGGAGGCCACCCAGCUGGAUCUGGUGUCCAAUAUCAACAAUUUGCUGGAAGAGGUGCCCAUCGACCUGGAUCCCAGCGUCUCCGGCUACCAGUCGAUGAGUCCGCGGAAGGUGAAGCAACCAUUUCGAUUUCUAAGUCGCGGAUUCGCAAUGCAAACGAACGAAAAGGAUGGCGGCAAAGGCGCCUCAUCCUAUGUGUACAAUAAACCCAAACAGACGCCGGGCACUGUCAGAUUUACGCCCAAUGAGCUACCAUUUGAAGCUCACAAAGACACUGAGCACAAGCUCAAAUUUAAUAAUGACAAAACCACAAGCAGCAGCACCUCAACCACAACCACGACCACGACCACAACUACUGAAGCGCCCAUUGCCGAUGCAAUUGAAAAAUUGUUAAUAGCGCCCACAUUGCCACCAACGUUUGAAGAAGAAGAAGACACAAACACAAGAACCACAUUUGGCAGCACGAUUGAGCCAGCUCCUCUGGGCUACAACAGCGAGCUGCCCAUCAUAGAAUCCAUUGGCCAAGCUGCUGCGCUGACGGCUAGUCUGACGCUCAGCGAGGAUCUGCAGCCGGAGCAGGCACCGCUGAGUGCCGCAGCAGCUGAUAAAACGGAUGUGGAUCUGCAGGCGGAGAAGCUGCUGCUGGCGGGCGUCAAGCUGACCUCGCACGCGGAGGAGACAGCGCUGCGCACCAAUAAACUGACGCUGGGCAGGCCAGCGGCAAGCACCACCAGCACCACCACCACCACCACCAGCACCACAGUGAAACCGACAACCACGCCUGGAAUGAGCACCUCCACAGAAACUGUCACGGAGAUCAGCAGCACGCAGGAGCGCAUACGCAGCUAUCGACGCUUUGCCCAGAAACGCGUGGGUGGCUCGGGCGGCGCACUGCGACGCCAAUUGCCGCUGGGGCGCAGCACCACGCCGAGCACCACGAAAGGCACCAGCACACCACGCUCGACCACGCCCACACGCAGCUAUUCGGAACGUCUGGCGGCAAGUCGUUUACGCCUCUCGCGCCUAUCGCUGGCCACCAACAGCAGCAGCACAGCUACAACAACAACAACCACAACAAGCACCACAAGCACCACCAGCACCACGGAGUCGCCUUUGUCCUAUGUGCGCGCUAGCGCCGAUCAGGGUCCCAAUAAAAAGAUCUCUGUGCGCAACAUUGAGAGGGAAACGGGCCAGCAGCGCGCCAGCUGGGACAGCGUGCAGAGCAAUUUGCAACGCUUUCAGGUGCAGCGCGGCAAUCGAGUCUACACGCCAGCAACACGCGCCACCUCCAGCCCCACCACCCCCCCUACCAGCAUCAGCAGAGCCAGCACCAUCAGCUUGACUCCUAGACCCACAAUCGCUGCCAGCGUGCAGCAGCGUGGACGCAAUCGUCAUGUAACCUACAGAACACAGGCACCACAGCAGCGCACACGCGGAACCACCACGCCGCGCAGCACCACAACAAGCACACAGCGCACCACAGCGGCCGCUUUGUCUACGCUGUCGCAACAAAUCUCUGCCUUGGCUGCCGGCUACAGUUACGAACCUCCACUCACACACAACCACAAUAAUGCACCCACAACCGCUCAAACUGUCAUUGCGAGCGGCACACAACAGCAACCACAAGCACAACCACAACCACAAUCAAAAGCACAAGCACAACCAAAAGCACAACCACAAACACAACAGCAACAACAACAGCUGACAAAAAUCACUUCUAGCCUUAAUCCUUCUUCUGCUUUCCUGCCCUUUGAUAAGCUAACGCGCGCCAUUGUUGAUGACUCAAUUUUACAGAACUUUAAGAGCAACCACGCCCAUAGAGGCGCUGCCAAUGGCUACAGCAGCAACACCCAGCAGCAGCAGCAACAGCAGCAGCGCGUUACGAAGCCCACAACAAGCCACAGCUAUCAUUAUCCCAAGCCUACCACACCAGCUCUGGCUAGUCUGAGCAUACCACGACGCACGCAGCAGCAACAGCUGCCUCAGUUGGUGCUGCCCACUCAGCCGGGCAUUGUUAUUGCUCGUGCCGAGGGACAACGCAUUGCUCCAAGUUCCACCAAUACCAUCAUCUCCUCACUGGUCAAUCAACCGCAAGCAAACACUCCUCAGCCCAACUCCUAUGUGGCGCUCAACGAUUUCCUCAAUAAUAAAUUUGGCAGCAGCAGCAACACUGCAGCUCACACUACAUUGCAACAGCAGCAGCAGCAGCAGCAGUCGGCGCAACAGCAACAUUCGCAUGUUCCACAGCAGCAGCAGCCGCAACAGUCCCAUCAGCUGCAGCUAUUGGAACAACAGCAACAGCAGCAGCAGCAACAGCAACAACAGCAGCGCCAGCCACAGCAACAGCAGCGUCUGCCACAUAAACAGCAACAGCAGCAGCUGAGCUACAUAACCCAGCGCUAUCAACAGCCAGCACAAGAGCAGCAACAUAUUCGCACACUGCAGCAACAGCAGCAAUAUCAGCCACAACAGCAGCAAUAUCAGCCACAACAGCAGCAGCCACAUCGUCAGCAGCAACAUCUUGAGCAGCAACAACAGCAACAACAUGAGCAGCAGCCACAGCAGCAACGUAAUGAACAGCUGCAACAGCAGCAGCAACAUCAGCAUCAACGCCAGCAACAGCCUGCACAGCAAAUUAGUUACCACACACAAUACCAGCAACAGCCUUAUCAACAGAUGCAACAGUUGCCACACUUUCAGCAGCAACAACAACAAUCUGCCCGUCCCUCCAUACAGUCCAUACAACAGCCCUAUCUGACGCCCAACAUUUUUGUGCCCUAUCAGCAACAGCAGCAACAUUUGCCGCUAUUCCCACCGCUGGCAGCGGCAGCAGCCGCACCCAACUUGGCCAAAACGACGGUUGUGGCUAACGGACCUGGUCAGCAGUUGGAUCAUUUGAAUGUGCCACUGCCGGCCCUGGCCAAUGGCUUGAUACCAGCGCCCACAUUGCAGGUGGCACAAAAACGCAGCGACAUCAAAGUCGGCCAGCUGCAACUGAGCAGCAAUAGCAAGGGCAAGAUAAUGGAUCAGGGUCAGGAGAUGGCCUUUUAUGCGGGCCGCACAUCCUACGAGGUGCCACAGAGCAGCGUGGGCCGUUUGCCCAAUGAUAUAACGCAGCAACGACGACUGCGCCAGCGACGCUACUGA